ACUCAUUCACCUGCCUCCAUCCGCCGCCUUUUACGAAGCCCACGACGCGUUGCCUAUUCUCGCAAUCGCGUAUCGUCGCAUUCUCGUCUAUCUCCAAGGUCGGCGCAUUCACCUCUCCUUCCCAGCGGCGACGACCCCGACAGAGAGCUAGACGCGUUUGCGUCGCCCACGCGUGCGACACCGAAUCGACCACCUCGCCUCGGUCGCUGGCGCAACAUGGGUGAACUCGCCGACUACCUGGUGCAACACGACGCCAACUUUCGGAAAGCUCGGCUACCGGCGCUCUACUCAGACUUCCGCCCACAGAGAACCUUGAAUCCCGAUGGCUAUCGUGCCAACGUCUCGGCUUGGCGUGGCGCCAUCGCAAGCCUUGCUUCGAGCGGACUCCUGUCCCGCUAUAUUACCGGUUCAAGCCCCCUUGUUCUACAGCUCGACGACUCGUUGCUGCGCUCGUUAGAGAGCAGGCAGUUCGGGCAGCCCCUAGCCCUCGCCACCGCCGUUCGCGAAGCCAUUGCCAACAAAGAUCUACUGCCGGUACAAGAAUUUCUACAAUCGAAGCACAGCAUCGGCGCUCGCUCCUGGGCCGAGCUCCCGUGGAAUGCGCUCGGCUGGACGCUGCGCCAGCUCGGUGUCGUAGACUCCGCGCGAGGCGAGGAUCGACUGCCAAAGGGCCGAUACGUUAUAGUGCAGAACGUGGACGCGGCAGCGGCCGAAUUAGCACAUAGAAUGGCGGAUAGGCCCUCAAAGUUUGAUCGAAUCUUUACAAAAGCGCAGUUUCAGCGCGACUUUGGCACGGCCCUUUUGGGAAGCCAUGUACGACUGUCGGAUACCGACUUCGAAGUGCUACUCACUUCCUUGACUAGAGAUAGAAACAUGAUCGAAUACGACGGUCGUACCAUCCGGAUUCGCGGAACAUCCAAUGAGCUAAGAGGCAUCACGGAGGAGGACUCGGCCAUUGCGUCCAUCAAGGAACUCACAGCGAGUCUCAAACAUCAGACCGAGCUUCUCAACGCUCGCAUCGACGAGCUGGGUAGGGAGGCCAAGACUGCAGUCUCCCGCAACAAUCGGGUGACUGCACUGGCGGCUCUCAAGUCCAAGAAGAUUGCCGAGUCCUCGCUUGCUCAACGCUACACAACUUUGAACCAGCUCGAAGAAGUGGCGGCGAAGAUUGAGCAAGCGUCAGACCAAGUGCAGCUGGUGAAGGUGAUGGAGUCUUCCGCGGGCGUACUCCAGAGCCUCAACUCCCAGGUCGGUGGCACCGAACGAGUCGACGGCGUUGUGGAUCGUCUUCGGGAGCAGAUGAACGACACGGACGAGGUGGCUGCCAUCCUUGCCGACGCGACCGGGACUGUGAUAGACGAGAGUGAGAUUGAUCAGCAACUGGAGGCCUUGGAACAGGAGGCGAGGAACGCAACACUGGCAGACCAACGCAGAGAGGCAGAGAAGAAGUCCGCCGCUGAGGCAGAGCAAGUACUGAAGCAGCUGAACAGCCUGCCUCGGGUGCCAGAUCAGGAAGCUUUGCCAGACAGGCAAAAAUCGCCGACUCCGACGUCUGAAACUGGAAUCGGCAACCUUUCCUUGGGGGGUUCGGCCAGUGAGGAGAGUCUUAAAGAGAGACCGCAGGCAAGCGCCGAAGCCAUAUAAAGAAGGGUCUCGUGCACAUAUUCGGCCAGUAUCGCAGCGCAGAAAUAGGAAACCUGGCCAACUUCGUUUGGGUUCGGCCGUCAAGCGAGCUCCGCCUUCAUUACGGAUGUAUGUACGGAGUAGGCUAAGCUGUGAUAAUUGCAUGGAGAUCAUAGCAAAAGGAAAUUUGUGCUUAGAACCACUGUGCAGAGUCGCUCUUCUUUCCCCUCUAUCCACCGUGUACCAGAAGAUGAAGCCGUCGU